UAGUAGAUUUGUAGAGCUCCCUGCUCAAAGAGUUUCUUGUACUGGGAUCCCUGCUUACCUGGAUAUCAUCCCAGUACAAUGUAUAUAUUAUUAGUUGGUGUAAAGUAUUGGUUAAGUUGGUGUGAAGUAUUGGUCAAUGUAUAUAUUAGUGGUGACAAUGAUGUAAAGUAUUGGUUACGUUGUUGGGCUAAUAUAUCUAAAUUAAAUAAUGAUACCAUUUAGUAAACGUGAUGGGAUUAACCACUAUGAUUCGUUAUAAACUCACUUUGACUUCUGAGAAUUUUUUUAAGUCUGGACAUCAGAUCUCUAUGACAGGAGAAGCAAGAGAACAGACAGAAGCAUGGAGAUACUUUUGCAGAGAUGUCGUGCCGUUCACUGCAAUGGUCGCGGUGGAGUGUGUCACGGUUGGAUCUAACACACUGUUUAAGGCUGCGACAUUGAGAGGAUUGAGCUUCUAUGUCUUUGUCUUCUACACUUAUGUUGGUGCUACACUUGUUCUUCUUCCACUUUCCCUCAUCUUUGGAAGGUCAAAAAGAUUACCUUCACCCAAGACCCCUGUCUUCUUCAAAAUUUUCUUACUUGCGCUAGUCGGGUUUAUGUCGAUGAUAGCUGGUUGUAAAGGUAUAGAAUAUAGUUCUCCAACUCUUGCCUCUGCUAUCAGCAACCUCACACCCGCUUUCACAUUCACGCUUGUUGUUAUCUUCAGGAUGGAACAAGUAGUCUUAAGGAGCUCUGCGACUCAGGCUAAAAUCAUUGGCACGAUAGUAUCAAUAUCUGGUGCUUUGGUUGUUGUUCUUUAUAAAGGCCCUAAAGUUCUAACUGCAGCAUCUCUUACACCUCCAUCACCUACCAUUUCGCUUUACCAGCAUUUGAGUUCGUUCGAUUCGAGUUGGAUAAUUGGAGGUCUCUUGCUCACUACACAGUAUUUACUUGUUUCGGUCUGGUAUAUUCUUCAGACUGGGGUCAUGGAGUUAUACCCUGAAGAAAUAACUGUAGUAUUCUUGUACACCUUAUGCGCAACACUAAUCUCGGCACCAGUAUGUGUAUAUGUGGAAAAAGACUUGACUUCUUUUAUGCUUAAACCGGGUCUCUCCCUUGCCGCAGUCAUGUACUCGGGAGGCGUAGUUUCAUCAUUGGGUACAGUUAUACACACAUGGGGUCUGCAUCUGAAAGGUCCAGUCUACAUAUCCUUGUUCAAGCCAUUGUCUAUUGUCAUAGCGGUAGCUAUGGGUGUUAUAUUCCUUGGCGAUGCACUUUACCUUGGGAGUGUCAUUGGAUCAAUGAUUUUGAGCUUAGGAUUCUACACUGUGAUUUGGGGAAAAGCAAGAGAGGAUGCAAUCAUAACGGUGAAUGGUUCUGAGCAGUUGCCUUUGUUGCUUACACACACCAUAGAAUAUGAAGCCUCAUCAUAAGAUGUGACUGAUGCAAGUGGAAUCUGUUUAUAAUAUUCCUUUAUUAAUAUGGAGCCAUUCAGAGAUGGGAAUGGUCCCCAUUGAUGUUAACGUAUAUAUAUCUUGCAUUGUACAUAUAAUAAUUAUAAAAAUUCGUGUUCUAUUUCACGGAUAUAUAUGGAUAUUUUCUUUAAUGGAAGACGACUGAUAUUGCCAUAUUAUUACCUUCGCUAUGCUUGCUUCUGAGCUCAUCUUUUACUUUAGAGAAUAUCUCAAGCUUCAAGACAAUUACGAGAAGAGACAGUGGCAAGGCAUUGAUAUACUUUUGCAGAGAUGUUGUACCAUUUGCUGCAAUGAUCACAGUGGAGUGUACCAUGGUCAAAUCUAACACACUGUUCAAAGCUGCGACCUUAAGAGGAUUAAGCUAUUAUGUCUUUGUCGUACACUUCCCCCUUCUUCCAGUUUGCUUCAUCUUUGGAAGAUCAAGAACAUUUCUUGCAGCCAUUCUCAUCAUCAAGAUUUUCUUACUUGGGCUUGUCGGGUAGUAAAUAUGAGUAUUUUUCGGGUACCAUCCAAUCUUAUCACUGGGGUGACUUGACUUGUAAAGGAUGGAAGAAGUAAUGCUAAGAAGCUCUGCAACUCUCGCACAGAUCAUUGGCACAAUAGUAUCAAUCUGUUCAACUCUCGCAUGGAUGCUCUGGUUGUUGUUUUCUAUGAAGUUCCAAAAAUUCUUGCUGCUGCAUAUCUUACUUCAUACGAGUCAAAUUGGAUAAUUGGAGGCCUUCAGAUACAUAUACUUGAACAGAUUGAUGAGUAAGAUUUUUUGUUGAUGACACAUAAACUUGAGCUAAAUUUGGGGGCUGUACAUGAUUUCAGAGUCAGGUCAUGGAGAUAUACCCUGAAGAAGUAACCGUAAUCUGUAGCUUAAACCGGAUAUGGCCCUCGCUGCAGUCAAUAUACUCAGUUGGAAGUCAAACCUUAUAUAACUUGCUUCAAAUACUGACUCUUAUCUUAAGCUCAGAAACUAACAUUCUGUUUCAGGGAGUAUUUGUUUCAUCAUUGGGCUAGUCAGUUAUACACACAUGGGGUAUAUGCAUCUGAAGGGUCCAGUACGUCUACGUAUCCUUUGUUCAAACCGUUGUCUUUUGCAAUUGCAGUCGUCAUGGGUGCUUUCUUCCUUGGCGAUGCACUCAACCUUGGGAGCUACAUAUCUUUAACUAUAGUGUGUCUCUUUCUUGAGAAACAUCAGUGAUAAAAAAAAAAGUUACUUCUACUUUGUUAAAUUAUUUAGCCUCAUGAUUUUCAUGUUUACUGUUUUGCAUCUCUGUGUUGUAGGUAAGGCAGUGUGAUUGGAUCAAUAAUAUUGCGCUUUGGAUUAUAUGCUGCGAUUUGGGGCCAAAGCAAGAGAGGAUAUAACCAAAACAGCAAGUCUUUCUGAGCAGUCACUUUUGUUGCCUAAUCGCAACAAAGAAGAUGAAAACACGUUAUGGUAGAUGCAAGUGGGUACUUAUUUAUGGUCCCAUUAGAAGAUGUCCUUGUCUAUGUUUACAUGGUUAUAAACAAAAAUUAAAUUAGUAUCUCUCUUGUAUUUUCUUGGAGUCAUUAACUGAUUUUUGUACCCAUUUAAAAUGGUCCCUAUAUAUCCUUGUCUAGCUAUAUUUACGUCACAUGUUAUAGGUUUGUUAAUUACUGAUGUGCAAACGUCACAUGUUAUUAUUGUUAAUUUGUUAUUCA